CAUGUGUGAAAGCACCACCACCACUCUCUUUCGAUAAUUGUCUCUUCUCUCGUCUACUCUGUUUCCUUCCUCACCAUUCGUUAACCACCCUUCCUUCCUCACUCCUAGUACAAAUUCACAACCACAUUUCAUCUUCCUCUUCCUUAUCUAUAUAACCAACCCAAUCUCUUCCUCUAAUCCCCACCAACCACCCCAUCACAAAAACCCUCCAAAGCUUGAAACUUUCCUCCAUUUUGCAUGCUGGGUCGCUUGCGAUUUCAAGUUUUGCAAAGCCAAGUUUCCAGGUUCGUAAACAAGAAGAAAGUGGAAGAAAAAAAAUCAGAUUUUUUUAUCUGGGUUUGGGUUAAAACCCGGUUUGACGCAUUGUAGACAUCACGGCUAUUCUCAGAGAUUCUCGGAUUCUCUUUCAUGGCCGAACUGUUCGACGUAAGGGUGGUUGUGUGACUACUACUGCCACCAAUCCUGCGCCGCACGGUGGCCGUGGUGCUUCGCCUUCAGAAGGUGGUAGCCCCUCUGACCUUCUCUUCCUUGCUGGUGGUGGUGCUGGUGCUUUCUUCUUCUUCUUCUCUGUUGUAGUUUGCUAGAUUAGUCUUUUGUCAGUGUAAGCUAUUAAGGUUAGGAUUCUCAAAGAGAUUUUUACUAAGAUCAAGUUGAACAAGGUGUUUGUUGUUUAGUUUGGUGAAAAUGAUGUUGAAAAUUAAGAGGGUUCCUACUGUUGUUUCCAAUUAUCAAAAAGAGGAGGCUGCUGGGGGUUGUGGUAGAAACUGCCUCAAAAGUUGCUGCAUUCAAGGUGCAAAGCUACCUUUGUAUGCUUUCAAAAAGAUCAACAAGGUUACUGAAAAGGAUUUGGACCUCCAUGAAUCUGGGGAGCCUCCUGUGGCCUUUCUGGAAUCGCUUAUUCUUGGGGAGUGGGAAGAUCGCAUGCAGAGAGGACUUUUUCGCUAUGAUGUUACGGCCUGUGAAACCAAGGUGAUUCCUGGUGAAUAUGGUUUCGUUGCUCAGCUUAACGAGGGUCGUCACCUCAAGAAGAGGCCAACUGAAUUCCGAGUUGAUAAGGUCCUCCAGCCCUUUGAUGAAACCAAAUUCAACUUCACUAAAGUUGGGCAGGAGGAGGUCCUCUUUCAAUUUGAAGCUAGUGAUGAUGGUGAAGUCCAGUUCUUUCCAAAUGCUCCAAUUGAUGUUGACAAUUCUCCCAGCUUUGUUGCUAUCAAUGUUAGUCCUAUUGAGUAUGGGCAUGUUUUGCUGAUUCCGCGCAUUUUUGAGUGUUUGCCUCAAAGGAUUGACCGCGAGAGCUUCUUGGUUGCACUUCAUAUGGCAGCAGAAGCUAAUAACCCAUAUUUCCGACUUGGUUACAACAGCUUGGGAGCUUUUGCAACUAUUAACCAUCUCCACUUCCAGGCUUAUUAUUUGGCUCUGCCCUUUCCCAUUGAGAAGGCUCCUACUAAGAAAAUUGCAAGCUUAAAUGGUGGUGUGAAGAUAUCUGAAUUGUUGAAGUAUCCGGUUAGAGGCCUUGUCUUUGAGGGUGGUGAUACUUUGGAAGAUUUAUCAAACAUUGUUUCUGAUGCUUGCAUCUCCCUUCAAAACAACAACGUACCUUACAAUGUUCUGAUUUCUGACUGUGGAAGGCAAGUGUUUCUGUUACCUCAGUGUUAUGCAGAGAAACAAGCUCUUGGAGAAGUGAAUGCUGAGCUGCUUGACACCCAAGUGAACCCUGCUGUGUGGGAAAUUAGUGGACAUAUGGUUUUAAAGAGGCAAAAGGAUUAUGAUGAGGCAUCUGAAGCCAAUGCUUGGAAGCUUCUUGCAGAGGUUUCACUCUCUGCAGAGAGGUUUCAAGAAGUGAACGCUUUUGUUUUUGAAGCCAUUGCUUUAGAUGUCAAUGUUCAUUGUCUUCCAGAAGAUGUAGCAGUCAACUCAAACACACACCCUUCUGUGGUGGCUGGUUCACUAGAAUGUGUUGUUCUGCAGUAACAAAUGCAGUGAUUCUGCGGUAUUAAAAGAACUUCUGAAUUAUGUCACAGUUGAAAUAAGUACCAUCUAUGGUAACAGUUUCCUAUGUUGUGCCUAUUAAGAUGUAUUCAAGGUUGUUGUCUAUAGUUAGUGCUUGGAUGUAUGUUUGGGUCCUUUCACCUAGCUGAAUAACAUGUAUCUGUUCCUAUGGAUGAUAAAUGGUAUAUUUGUUAUGUUUAUGGAUGUCAAUUAUUUAGAA